AUGGACGCCGCCACCCUCGAAGAGACGAACAAGCUGCGCGCCAAGCUGGGAAUGAAACCCCUGCCUGUGCCCGGCGCAGCGGCCGCGGACUCGGGCGACGAGCAGGAGCCCCUCGACUACCUCGACGCCCGGACCGCCGAAGCCGGUCAGAAUUUCCAGAAGCUGCGCGACGAGGAGGACGCCCGCCGGAAACGCGACGAGCGAGCCGCCGCGAUCAAAAAGGCCCGCGAAAAGGCCCAACGACAUGCCUUGCUCGAGGGCAAGGGCCUCGGAGACGCAGAAGAAGAUCUCAAGCUGCGAAAGCUCGAGGAGGAGCAGGCUGCGGCGGAAGCCCAGGCUGCGGCCGCCGUUCAGUAUACCUCGCGGGACCUUGCCGGUGUCAAGGUGGCGCACGAGGUCUCCCAGUUUGUGGACGGCGAUGAGCAGAUCCUCACACUCAAGGACGCGACGAUAGACCAGUACGAGGAGGAGGGCGAUGAGCUUGAAAACCUGGGGAUAAGAGAACAUGAGAAGCUCAAGAAGAAUCUCGAUCUCAAGAAGAAGAAGACGGACUACAACCCUAUGGACCUGGACGACAUGGACACGUCGAAUGUCCUCUCCAAGUAUGACGAGGAGAUUGACGGCGAGAAGAGGAAGAGUGCGCCUGUCGCGGCUAGCCGGAACCAGGCUGCCGUUAACCUGGACAUCAUCGACGAGAACGCCGCGCCUUCAUCCGACUAUCUCAAUGCAUCGGAAAUCAAGGUCAAGAAGCCCAAGAAGAAGAAGACGAAAUCCAGUCGCCAAAAGGCGGAGGAAGAUGAGAAGAUGCAGGUGGACACGAGCGCUCAAGAAAAUGCCAAGAAGCGAAGGAUGGAGGACGUCAACCUAGUCGACGACGACGACUUGCAACUCGCGCUGUCCAUGCAGAGAAAGAAUGCCCUGAAAAAGAGGAAGAGGGUGCGGCCGGAAGACAUCGCCAAGGAGCUUCAGGAGGCCGAUGAAACGGAAGCGCCGCCGGAAGAGAGCGGCGGUCUUGUUAUCGGCGAGGUAUCCGAGUUCGUGGCGGGGAUCAAGAAACCCGACGACGAGGAGGAGGAAAGAGUGAAGAGGCGCAAACAGUCCACCGAACCCUCGGCAGUGAAAAAGGAGGUAGAUUCGGAUCACGAGGACGUUGCCAUGGAAGGAUACUUCCCCACGCAAGACGAGCGGGAGCGGGCGCUCAAAAGGGAGGAAGGCGACGAGGAAGACGAAGAAGAGCAAUCCGGCGAUGAGGACAUACUGGAAGAAAAGACGGUAUCGGGCGGCAUGGGCGCCACGCUCGCCCUCCUGCGGGAGCGCGGUAUCAUCAAGGAGUCGGACGGCUCGGAGCGGCACGAGACGUUCCUGAAGAAGCAGGAUUUCCUCCUCAAGAAGAAGCGGAUGGAAGCGGAGAUUGAGGACGUGACGCGGCACCAGCGCGAGCGGGACCGCCAGAGCGGGCGGUUGGAGCGCAUGGGCCAGCGAGAGCAGCAGGAGUUUGCCAGGCAGCAGAACACGCAGCGGGACAUGCACGCGUCGCGCAAGAUGGCGGAGCUCUUCAACGCCGAGUUCACGCCGACGUUUGAGAUCAAGUACACGGACGAGAUGGGCCGCCGGCUCGACCGCAAGGAGGCGUUCAAGCACCUCAGCCACCAGUUCCACGGCAAGGGCAGCGGCAAGGGCAAGACGGACAAGAAGCUCAAGAAGAUGGCGGACGAGCAGAGGCGCGAGGCCCAGAGCGUCUUGGACGCUAGCCAGAAUGUGAAUAUGAGCUCUGUCACGGCGCAGCAGUUGAAGAAGAGGAGGGAGGCUGGCGUGCGGUUGGCGUAA